UAGCGCACCAAGACUAGAGGCAUUGUAGAAUGGGAUUUAUUGUAGACUUAAAGUGCUCAGGAGCCUUUAUUUAUGCGUAUUUAAUUUAUUGUGAUUAAUUUAUUGGUGUAUUAAUUCAAAAGAAAAUGCAAAAAGGUGCACCUAUGUAUAGAAGAGGUGUGGGAUUUGAUACAACAGGCAGCAUAGAUGCCGGAGAUAUGUCUUCCAGCAUCUUUCAGUGGACACACAGUCAUGUCAACUGAUGAGAGGAACGAGGCCAAUCAUGAAUACAACUUCUUUCUGGACAGAAAGAUACAGGAACAAUUAUUUGAUGCAGAUGAAAAUCUGGACAAAACUGCUCAAACCAAUACUCAAAUCAAAACUCCAAGGAAAGGCAAUACCAGCAAAAAUUCUGUGCAAUCCCAAACAGAGAUUUGUGAGUGGAUCCCUAGAACCGGUUUUGCUUUACGUCGUCCAGAGAAAGAAAUUAACAACAAUAACAAUGGCACAUCCAAAAAGAAGGAGGACAGCUCACAUGGUGCACCGGCAAACUGGAGAGACCCUCAUGGAAGACAAAAAGAAAUCGAUUUUAAAUUCAGACAUUACUAUGAUAUUAGAAAGUACAUAGAACAGUAUAGAAAACACCAUACCUGUCAAGUUCCUGUGAGGGGGCUGUCAGGUAAACUUUAUAGACAGUACCUCCAGCAGGCUCAGACACAGACUUUUGAGCAGAACUUUGCCAUUGGUGCAGGCUACCAGGAGCCAAAGAGCUGCACCCCUCCAGAACUCAUUCACGUCAAUCAAAGCAGUAAUCAGGAUGGAUAUAAGUACAAAACAACCUCGCGUGCCAUAAAAUAUGAUCAUGACUAUGACAAGGGACAGUCGAGUUUUGGGGAACGUUCUAGUAAGGGACAGAAUUAUAAUGUGACGCUAACACCCACCAAGGUGGGUGUGCGUGAUGGCGUACCCUACCCCAUGUCAGCGUCCCCCAAGGUGCUACGCCAGCCCCCUGGAAUGCCAGUGGUCAAUAUCGUCCAGCCACGUGAUUCCAGCCAUGCAGUUCCCAUGACCCCUCAGCAUACCAUUGAUCUCCUGGCGAAGAUGACUGUCGCUUCUGAUAAACAGGUUGACGACAGUGACUCUGUCUCCACCAGCUUAAGUAAACUUUCUACCACAUGCUUAAAUGCUGAGAAAAUCAGGAAAAGUGACUCGGCUCCUGCAACAUACAGAGCACCAAGUCAGUCCGAGGACUCUGGGAUGGGGUCACAGAGUGCAACAGUGGUGGCGCCACUUACCAAUACAAUUUCAACCACAACUGCGUCUAGUGCAGACUCCAACAAACUGUGGACCAUGUCUCAGAAUGUUGACCCUAAUUCUGCCCAUAAAUUCCCACAUAGCCAUAGUGCCCCAAGUCUGGGAUCAAAGUUUAGUGAAUACAAUAGAGUUAGUACAACCCCUUUCAAAGUGAAGAAAAAUAUACCAAAAACUAAAUCUGAAAAUUUUCAGCUCCACAGAGCUAACACUGAAGAUAUUUUAGGUCUUAAAUGCAUGAAAGAAGAUUCUUCUACUAAUUUUCACAGUUGGGCAAAUUUCGACACCAGAAACCCCACUGUCCCGCUUUUUCGGCAUUUAACGAGAGCAAAUAAUGUUUCAAGCAAAACAAAAGCAUACAGAAGUAAAAAGAAAGAAUUAGGCUUUGGGGCUUGCAAUACUUCUUCAACUGCAAAAGAUGCUGCCACAAUUCAGAAAUUGGCAGAUUUGUUGGUAAUGAGCGAGCCACCAUCUUUGCCUAUGCCUCAGACUUCUUCCCAGAGUGCCAGCUAUUCUAAGACUGACGCACCAGCCAAUCAGAUGGGAAGCAAACAGCACUCAGUGCCCUCUAUUGUCCAUGGGGUAUACUGCCAUUUUUUCUUGCCUUUUCACAGGGUUUCCUUUUCAAACACCCAUCUGUCUUAUGUCACAUAUCACUUUUAUUUGUUAAUUUCUGUUGACUUUGUUUGCUUUCUGCACACGUUCUAUAUUUUGUCUUCUUGAGUUUCAGCACGUUGUUUUGAGAUUAUAUGCAAUUUGUUUAAAGUAGAGAAUAUUGUAUGGAAGAUUGUCUCUUAUAUUCCAAGAAAAGGGGAGUGUUUUGUAUCAGCUUGAAUAUAUACACUUGUAUGGUAGAGAUAUUAUAAUUUUCAGGGGAAGGGGGUUUGUCAGUUAAUGAUUGCAUUUUUGCCAUCUAACAUAGUGUGUCUUGUUUGUUAAAUUUUAAACAUUAACAUGUUGAAUAAAAGGUUAAAAAACUUAAUUUGUCAAAGCUCUGAUCAAGCAUAAAAAGUACAAAUUCACCUUAUUUUUACUGGAUUUACGAUUAUUUUUCUGUUUAGAAACUUUAUCAGUGGCUGUAUCAAUUCAAGUCGCCAAGUCAAAGGUUCCGUGCUCGCAGAUUCUAGGAUUUUGGAUAAAUUGGUAUAAAAUGCAUGCCAAAAUAACUCUAUUCUACACAAAUUUUUUUUUUCAAAAUUAUGAACAUAUAUUAUUUAUUUUUUUAUUUUUGCCUAAAAUAAAUCAGUAUAAUUAUGAUGUGCAUGAUGAUUUUCAUUUUUUAUGUAAUGAGGAAUACAAAAUGGUGUUAUGACCUUUCUAAAAUGAUCUGUUUGUGAAACAGAUGAACAAUGAAGUACUUGGAUAAAAUUUAUUUAUUUAUUUAUUUAUUUCUAACAAGGCAAAUAUGUGCUGCAUUAUUCACUUGAAUAGAAUUAUGAUGUAAUUGGCCUUUUAAGAGAGAAGAGAACUUUGACUCAUUGUCAGAUAUUUUGGUAGAGAUUUUUAUCAAAUUACUUGAAAUACCUGAAGUAUUUAAAAUGAUUAAUUGAACUUUGAAAUUAAACCUUUUAGUUUGAGUUAUGAAGUGUUGUUUAUGAUGAACUUAAUAUUUAUCCCUUUCAUUUGACUUCUGCAUCAAUAUAUCACUUUAUUCUUCCUUGCUUUCUGUGAAUACUAACAGCAUGGGACCUUGACCUUGACAUUGUCCUUGACAUUGACCUGCACUGAGCUAUAGAAGAUUUAUAUGGUUGCAUGGUGUAAUUUGACCAAAAGUUGCAUUCAGCACCAUUACAACACAAGUUGUCUUUGGCAGAAAGUAGAGUAUACUACACAGUUUAACACAAAAGAAAUACGUAUCAUUCAAAAUAAUUCUUGUGUUCAGUUCAUGUGGAUGUGUAUAUUUAUUAAUAAGUGUUAUCUUACAUUUUAGCUGAGCUAUUUAACUGUUAGUUUUUAAAACAUACUGCUACAGGUGGAACACUAAAGUGUAACGUUCCCUGUGAAAGGACAGUGAGUUUGUUGAUUGUAGUAAAACUUCCUGCUUCCUAGAGUUAGCCUGAAGACAAAUGUAGGUGAAAUGAUGCUGAAUGCAACCAGUGGUUUUUAAUUGGACAUCCCAGUCAUUAUUUCAUGUCAGUGGGUUGUAUUUUAAUCAGCUACUAAGUAAAAAAUACAAAGAACAAAAAAUUCUUUUUUGCACUGAAAAGAGCUACAAAUUGCAUUUUAAUUAAAAUAUUCAAAGCAUUAUUUGAUAAAAAUGGAAUUAACAACUAAAUGUUCAUACUAUCUGGGCUUGCCCAUAUGCUGUGGUGGAUAUUAUUUUUUGAACAAAUUUAGCAUGAACUUAUGUUAUAGUGUGUAAGAAAGCCAACAAAUGUAGAGCUGCUGCAGAGUGAUAUGUCUUCAUAAUCUGUAGCACAAGUACAACAAUUUCUUUCAUAAUAUAUACCAUGCUGAAGUGGCAGCUUAUACCAUUGUUAACAUUGCUUCAAUUUCAGAUGUGGUUUGACUCGGCAGGGAGAGCUUACGUCAGUUUAGCCACCAGAUAUGAGCCUAUUAAAAAGUAGCUCCACUCAGACUUAGCUGUGUAU